CAUGUUCAUCUGGUUAGAUACAUGCUAUCCACCACAACAACUCUACAAGUGGAUACAUGUUAAGCCACAAACAACAGGGAUUUUUCUCCUGGUAUUAUACAUUCAAAUGGUGCUACAAUGUAAUUUUGAUUAUUAAGGACUGACCGGGAACAACAGAAUUACAGGCUUGGGUUUAUUUAUUUAUUUAUUUUGUUUUCAUCUGCUUGACACUUGACACCACAUGGUUAUUCCAAUACGUGUGCAGUCUCAAGCCAUCAUCGUAUGUUUCCAGCUCAAUCAUCUCUGCCUGAUGCCACUGCUGUUUCAGCGUGUUUCUGCUUCGGAACCCUCCCUUGUACAAAGUGGCCUUUACAUCUGCACUUUGUCAACUUUAAGGAGAGCCCAGCAAAAGCACUGUUGAAGAGAUUUUUUUGGUGCACAUAGGCAACAGAUGAGGAAUAACUCAUGCAUGAAAAAAAUUCUCCACUAAAAAAUGCGAUAUAAUAGCAAAAGGAAAGGAAGGCAUUUUGAUCACCUUUUAGAAGGUGAACUACUCAAAUGCAAGACACUCUGCAUCAGCCAUCUGAAGACUGACAGGGACAACUGUGCCCUGCCCAUGAGAGUGAGCGCUUGAAAUGAGCUCCCUGGAAAAGCGCCACACAGGCCAGCAGGAAAGCAUGCAGGGCCACCGCAAAUACUCAAAUGGCCUCAGUGAUGCAUCCAACAGCGGCAGCUUUAUGGACGACACAGACAGGGAGGUGAGCAACCUUACUGAUCGUGCCUUCAGGAGCCUGAGCAUCGGAGAGGAGGCCAUUUACAAUGACUCAGAAUUCUCCUCAUCUCCUACUGAACGACACAAGGCAUUUGAAGAGGAAACCCAGCAAAAGACAAUCUCCCACGAAGCAUUGUCAUACAGCAUUCAGCAAUGUGGGGAAGCAGGAGUACAGUCAGAGAUGGCCUCAACAUUCCAGCAUUCCUAUGUGGAUGUAACCCACCAGGAACAGGCUUUCAGAGAGGGAAGCUUGUCUUAUAUGAGCAAUGGCUCCAAGGAGGUGACAUGGCAGAAGAGCAGGAGCACCUCCAGGGUGUCAUCUCUAAUCAAAGCCUUUAGUUCAGGGGAAUGUUACCAUGACAGCGGGACAUGUGACGUUAUUCUGGCAAGGGAUAGGUAUAGAGACUUUGGCAGUGAAUCAUGGGACAGAUCAGCUAUGCUAAGCAUCCAAAGAGAACUCUCUGAGUUCUCUUCAGGAUAUCAUCAGAAUUUUAAGUCAGGCCCCUUUCAGUCUUACAGAAACCAUUUUUACACAUCCGACGUGGGUGCCACAGUGGCACAGAUGGACACAACAGUCCUGAUGAAAUCUUCUAAAAGUAAGUUCAAGGCACUGAACUCUACAAACUGUUUUUUCCAUAGUGAAUUUAGUCCCUUCCAGCUUUGGGAAGAGUACAACAGGUUCUCCUUCCAAAGUACAAAUGUGUCGGGGUUUAUGUCGCCUAGAGAAUUCCCACGGUGGUAUGAUUCUCCCAUGUACAAAGAGCUGAAAGACAACCACAGAAUUCCAAACUCUCCGUGUGAAAGUAGGCGCUUCGAACAGAAACAAAUUCAGGAUGUUGUGGCCAGCCAGUGCUCCAGGUCCACAGUUGUCCAGAAAACCUCCGCGAUUGAGAAGAGGUGCGAAUCUGAAAUGACUUCCAACUAUCCACCUUGGAAGAAAAAUAAUAACUUAGUAAGGAACAAACUUCCAGGCAACCGGCCCUCCACAGUUUCACCUACUAAUGAGAGAACAUGUAGGCCGGAUUCAAAUUUGUUUAGAAAUAACAAAGUUACACAUGAGAUAGUGGUCAAGAGCAACCUGCCUAGUAAUGUGACGCCGUUCAACAUCACUCAGCUCCUCACACCGGUUAUUCACACAAGACAAGAAACAGAGACGUCUGAGAUCCUGCGGUUUGCACAAACUCCUUCUGUUUCUGAUUAUUCUUCCCAGGGUGAAACUGACCCUAAACUUCAGACUGAUGUCAAACAUAUGCAUGACAGCUACAAAUUUAAAGCUUCAAGUCUACUGUUCAACCUCAAAGAUAACCGAAAAAGAGUCAAGAGUACGUACAGUCCCACUAGAUUUAAAGGGCUAGAAAUAACAGAUCGAAAUAAGCAGACGUCAAAGCUGGAGGGCCGAGAAUCCCGAUUUUCAGAUAUUUUGGUAUCCCAAGAAACUGCUCAGGAGAAUUUGAUUGGAAAGGAUGCACGGGCCUCAUGUAACUUAAUUGGAGAGCCCAGUGAAGCUCCUAUCACCACUAAAGAUUAUACCGAUGGCUUUGGAUCAUAUGAUAUUUUGACAUUAACUUCACCUCAAAUUCAGGACAGAGUCGCUAAUUACAAAUUGUUCCGUGAAAGUUCAGAGGGUCACUCUUCCAGCACAGAUCCACUGGCUAACACAGAGCUCUCAACACGCUAUCUUUCAGCUCAGGAUAAAAGCUCACUGACUUCAGAAAGUCAUUUAAAAGACCUCAAUGGUACUUUUAUUCCUGCUAGGCCAGAAAUAGCAAAUGUGCUUCCAAGGGCUUACCCACCGACACAUUCUCUGCCUGCUCAGACAUCAGAGCGAUACGGCCAGAGUAAUAACGCAAGUCAAAAUGAUCUAAAACAAAGAAAGGACUUUGGAAGAAAAGCAUUUAUUGAAUACAGUCAAAAUGAGGCUGUUAAAGAAAAAUGCCCAUGGGACCAGAUUGGUUCAGUCAAGGAAACAGACAGCAGAUCUGAAUCACAGCCAUUUAGAGGAGAAAUAGCAGCACUGAUUGAAAUGGACAAACAGAGAAAGUCCACCGCUGAGCAUUAUUUUGCCAAUGACAGCUAUUCUGUCCGAAAGGAAACAUACAUGCAAAAAGUGAAUGAAGACAUUAAACUUGGUCGACUCGCAAAGCAGGAAGAGAAAGAGGUCAGGAAAGAUACAGUAUCACCCAGGAAAACAUCUUACAGUGAAAAAUCUAUACAUGACAACCAAUUAAGCACAUUUUCAAAGCCUAUUGAAUCAUACAGAAUACCAAAAAACAGUCUCCAGACCAAAACAUCUCCUCUUACAGAAGUUUAUGGUGGUUUACAAAGCUUCAGUGUCAAAAAUGAUUUUGUUAAAGGAGUACCAGUGCAAAAUUCUUCUUUAAACACCAUGGUGACAGAAGAUACAUUUGAUCAGAGAGCUCAUGACUUUAAAGGUCAAAAGAAUGAAGGAUUGUACUCUUAUCAGCCAUACAGGUAUGAGCCUAACAAACAGUGGCACAUGUCAUCAACAAGUGAAGACAGACACACUAAGGAAAGUGUAUGGACACAGAAAAAAUCAGAGAUGAUUGAACAAACUGGUGCCAACAGUUAUAAAAUGUCCAAUACAUCUUCAAGUACACUACACAUACAUCAAAAUGAGUUUUCCACCAACAAUGGUGCAUCAAAUCCUACUUUGCCAGAUAAAGAUUCAGUCGUCCCAAACAUUGAUACCUCAAAUCAAAAUAAUACAAGUUUACCAACUAAACAACAAAACAGGUUCAGCAUAAAUGAUAUUCUUGCCAUUAGAGAUAAUGAGCAAGCAAGGAGGUUAAGAGAUAAUACAUUUGUUUUGGCUAAAUCAGAAAACCCACAAAAUCCAAUUAAAUAUGACACAGCUGAAAAACUAACCAUAACAGAGCCUGUAAAAGAGCAACAAGGCUACAAAGUGCAGGACAUUACAAGUCCAUCACCUGGAUAUGUGAGAAAGGAUUUUCAAAAUACAAAUGAAACAAAAGACAGUACAAUGAGUAAAGAUACUGACAAGGUCACAACAAGAGUGCUUUCUUACAAGGAAAGAAGCCAAAGUAAACAAGAAAUACUGACUUCGAAAUUGAAAGCACAUGCUCAAAAGGAAAUAUCAGCAAUUAAAGAAAAGGGACUUUCCAAACAAGCAAUUCUUGCGAGAAAUGCAACAAAAACAAGAGGGACUAUCAAUAAUGAUGGCCAAGAAGGUCAUUCUGUAAAGAAGGAAAUCACAGCAGACAAGCUGAAUCAUUUGUUUCAAGAUAUCACUUAUUCCAGUGUAACCCAAUACAAAGAACAAAUUCAAUUGCACAAUGAUCAUCCCAAGAAUAGAUCUCCACCAUCAACAGAAAUACCACCUCUUCAUUUUGAAGAUAAUCAGAAUGCAGUCCCAGAAAAGAAGGAUGAGAAUGUAAAAUACAAAACUUUGGCUAUAGAAAGACAGAAUGACAAACAUUCAGCUGAUGAUAAUGAGAUGAAAGAAACGUCUACUCAGGACAGAAGGGCAACAGUGGCAAAUAUGAAAAAUAAUGUCCAUAAAAACUACCAGCCAUCCAGAAUUUCAGGAGAUAAACAAAUAAGUAUGACACGCUCAGAGAGUAUAAACACUAAUAAGGAAUCUGCAAAGCAAAGUCAUGAAAUGUCACCAGAGGAAUUGAUGUCAGGUCACUUUACAGCCACAGUCAAGACUUACAGAGAGAACUACACUUCCCAUAAUCCACCUGCACAGCAUAAUGAAAAACAAACAGUUCAGCAUGAUCAGAAAGAAAAUCUGUAUGGAAGUAGCCAGAGUCAGUAUACUUCCGCUGAAAAAACUGUGACUAAACCUGCUGAUAUAAUUAAAGAAGACUUACAUGUUACAAGUACUGAAACUACAAAGUCAAACAGUGAUUUGAAUAAAAAUUCUCUCUUGGGAUUGGAGAAAAACACACCCAAAGUUGAGGAAGCUGAUGUACAUCUUAAAAGUAAGAUUACUGCUGCCGUGGAACAGUCUAAAAAUGAACCAAUCAAAAAUAGCUCUGGGAUUGCAGCUAGUCAACUGACAUCCUCAUCAAGUGACAUUAAGUUUAAAAAUGUAAUUCCACCUGCUAAACGGCUGAUGGAACCAGCCAAAUCAGAGCUCACCUCAAACCUUCAAACCAAUACAUUGAAUGUAGAUCCAAAGCAGCUUAUAAAUAGAACCUACAAACACAAUUCUGGGGUCAAUUCAGAUUCAGAGGUUUCAUCAACAGACAAUACAGUCAGAAAUAACUCUGGACCAACAAAUGACCUGGUUUCACAAAGAACCAGGGAGACAGAAACACUAAAACCUUUCAAUAAUGAAGAUGUACAAGUGUUAAUAAACAAAAACAAUAUAACACAGGAAAAUGACUUGGCUAAGCAACAAAACAACACUUCACAAGUAAAGACUGUAGAAACAACCUCUGUAAACCAAAUGGUGGAGAGUCACUCAAAACCAGAAACAGAUGAAGAAUCACAAACACAAAUAGCUGAAGCUGAAGCAAAAGAAAGCUGUCAGCAAAAAGAAAUCCAUCAAGAUGAUGAAAAUACAAAGACUCUGUUCUCAUUUGAAAAGAAUGAACUUCCAAGAAACCAUGAGGGUAUCUCAAGAAUAAAAGAUGAUUCAGACGUAGUAAAUAACUGUCAACAGAGAGAGAAAAUAACAGAAAGUGCAAGCCCAAAACAACAACAAGGAUUUCCCAGACUAUUAGAAAUAUCACAUGAGAAAAACAAUCCACAAAAGUCCACAAAAGCGUCUCAAGAAGUGAUCCAACCAAUUCCAAACCCCAAAAAUCAGCUGAAGAUGCACUAAAACCAAAU